GGCGAGGCGUCAAGUAGCUUCUUCUUCUCGCGGAACAAAAUGGCGGCAGCGAUGGAUGUUGACACACCGAGCGGGGCGAAUAGUGGCGCUAGCAAGAAGCGUUUCGAGGUCAAGAAGUGGAAUGCCGUGGCGCUGUGGGCCUGGGACAUUGUGGUGGACAACUGUGCUAUUUGUAGGAACCACAUCAUGGAUCUCUGCAUAGAAUGCCAGGCCAACCAAGCAUCUGCCACCUCUGAAGAGUGCACCGUAGCCUGGGGCGUCUGCAAUCACGCUUUCCACUUCCACUGUAUUUCUCGUUGGCUGAAAACCAGACAAGUGUGUCCCCUGGACAACAGAGAGUGGGAGUUUCAGAAAUAUGGACACUAACAGAGUUAUUGACCUUUUUGGCUUCUGCACCUUCACUCACUGCUUUCUCUCCUUUAAAAAAACUGGUUAUUUUUCAUCUUUUUGUUAUGUUGUACUUAAAUAAACAGUAAUGUCACAAUCAGAA